AUGGCAAAUUUCUUUGUAGGGAACGAAAAACUGAAGGAACGCGGAUACAAGGCGUACAUCCCCCGUCAUGUCGUAUGCGUAACAGGAGUAUUAGCUGGAAUUCCGGCCGACAUAAGCGUCGAUGAAAUCAAAGCGGACAUGGAAUGCAAGUACCCGGUAGUGGAUGUCUACCGUCUGAAUAGAUUCGUGGAUGGAAGCCCAAGGCCCACCAACCGCGUGAGUGUAACUUUCCGAACGAAACAGCUGCUGGAAAAGGUAAAAAUUUUCUGUUGUUGGAACCAAGUGCGUCCAUUCGUCCAGAAAGUACUGUUCUGCAAGAAUUGUCAUCGAUGCAUCCACAAAACGGAAAACUGUAAAAGUAAGUUGAGAUGUUCGAACUGCACUGAAAUUCACGACGAAACGGACGUGAACUACAAGAAUUGUACCAAGCAACUGAAAUGUUGGUACUGCAAAACGACAAGUCAUGGUACAACCGAUGAAACAUGUCCGGAGAGAGAAAAACAAAGAAAUAAAAAGGCUCUUAUGGCUAGACAGAAUCUUACCUUCGUCGAAGCUCAGGAGCUAGUUACACCAAUUUUGAGCAGCAACAUCUACGAGGCACUAGUAGAAGUAUCGGACAAUCCAACACCAGCAGAAAGUUUUGCGAAAAUGACGGCUGGUAACUUCAUUCGGAUGAGCACAGGAACCGUUCCAAAGAGGAGAGUAGAAACAACGCCAACUUCAACAAAUGAUGAACACCGUAACCCUAGACGCAUGGAAGCAGGAAAGAUUCAAGAAGGCCGGGAAAAAAAUAUGGAAAAACGAAGCCGAAUGGAGAAGGAUCGACGAACCAAAAUUUUGAACCAGGAAGUAAAAAAUGAUUCGAAACCAACCGAGAUAUUUACCGGAGUUGGCACUGGGCUUAACAACACAUUCAAAACGACGGAUCGUGAACGAUGGAAAAACAUGGCACUGGAAGCGAAGCAAGCUGCAGAAACGAGUAUGAGAGGAACAUUGAUGAACUUCUAUACCGACCUCGUACAGAAGAAUUUGCCCACUGAAUGGCAGGAAAUCAUUAAGGAAGUAUCCAAACAACACUUUAAACUUAAUUCUACAAUAUUCUAA